UCAGCGAAAACCCCCCAAGUCACCCACUUUCUCACUCUACGCAACAAACCAAAGAGAACCUGCAACAACAAUGGUGGUAUUAGCUGGAAACGGAUUGAAAAUGGCGACCAAUUCAGGGGUAUGCAUACGGAGCAACCAAGUGGCAGAAACAAAGGCCUUCAUAUCUAAUGUCUGCCGUCAAUUCUACGACCUCGGUUUGCAAAAGGAAAGAAUGGUUACAGAGGACAUGUAUGUAGUCCCUCCAAAUGGGUCUAAACUUUCUUGGCCAAUAUCCAAGCCAUACCCUCACAAACCACCAAAAAGUUCUGAUUUUGCUCCUCUCUGUGUGAAGGCUGAAUGUUACCAUUAUGUCUUUGAUGCUGCUAUCAAUCUUCAUCCACUGGGUCUGGACUGUUCUACCAGAAAUCAUGGUCCAAUUCCUAAGUCCAGAGGAGUUUUUGGUGGUCAUCAAAAUGUUGACAUGUCUGUGAAGGCAGGGUCUCUUAUAUCACAUAAUGACAAGAAGCAGCAAAGACUUUGCAUUGUUCUGGACAUUGAAGGGACCACCACUCCGAUUUCAUUUGUUACUGACGUUCUCUUUCCAUAUGCCCGUGAGAAUGUAGGGAGGCAUUUGGAUUUGACAUAUGACUCUACAGAGACUCAAGACGACAUCAAGUUGUUGCGAUCUCAAGUACACGAUGACUUACAACAAGGAAUUGCUGGCGCCGUGCCAAUCCCUUCUAAUGAUGCAGGAAAAGAGGAGCUCAUUGCAGCUUUGGUUGCUAACGUGCAAGCAAUGAUUAGAGCUGACCGGAAGAUCACUGCCUUGAAACAAUUGCAGGGUCAUAUUUGGAGGACCGGAUUCCAGAAUAAUGAAAUAGAGGGGGUGGUUUUUGAUGAUGUGCCUGAAGCUCUUGAAAACUGGCACGCUUCGGGCAUCAAGGUGUACAUAUAUUCCAGCGGCAGCAGAUUGGCACAGAGGCUCAUCUUUGGCAACACUAAUUAUGGGGACUUGAGAAAAUACUUGUGUGGAUUUUUUGAUACUAGAGUGGGUAACAAGAAAGAAACAAGCAGUUACGUUGAGAUCUCAGAAUCUUUAGGCGUUGAUAAGCCCUCAGAGAUUUUAUUUGUGACGGACGUCUAUCAAGAAGCUAUAGCUGCCAAGGCAGCAGGUUUGGAGGUGAUCAUUUCUGUGCGGCCUGGAAAUGGACCUCUACCAGAGAAUCAUGGGUUCAAGACAAUCCAGUAUUUCUCAGAAAUCUAAGCUUGACUCUAGUCAGUCCAUGUGAAAUGCUUUAACGUCAAUGACGUCGCACAAGUGGACAUCCCACCAAUGACGCGCAGUUUCAGCAGGAUCUACCGGAGGUAGACAUUAGAUAGGUAGGUAGCCUUACUCUUAACACCCCCGACUUGAACUUGUGCCGUUAAGAUGCACACUAGUUGUAAAAUCUGUAUACGUAAAUGACUGUACAUGGCUGUUAGAUGAAUUAGGGUCUCCCUUGCUCCGAGAAUAAUAAUUACUAAAGAAGCCAUGGCAAUGAUCCUGUUCAGUGCACUUGCUAUGCCAUCCUUACACAAGUUGAGGAAAUGUUCCCAUAUUAUGAAGAAAAGAAAAUUACUUUUUUUU